AAAGGGGCGUCUGCGUAAUUUCAAGAAAUUGGAGAAGCAGCGGUAGUAUGUGUAUCUAGUUUCUUCUCUCUAGAGUCAAAUAGUCUUAUUACACCUCUUCUUCUACUAUUUCUGGUUAACUAAAUCUAAAUUAAUGCAAACCAGAAGAAAAAACAAAAACAAUAUAGAAAAGGAAAAAAGAAGAAGAAAAGAAAGUGUAGUCUGUAGACACGGUGGUGGGUUCAGGAAGCGACAUAUGUAUUUUAAACUGCUCUUUUCUUUCUGGGUUUGGGUUUUCUCAUUUUCUUUCUAAACAUUGUCUCCUCCUUAUUUUCUUCUUCUUCUUCUUCUUCUUCUUCAUUUUCUGGGGUUUGAAUUUUGGGUUUUUGUAUUCUCCUGUUGAUCGGAGUUGGGUCUCAAAUUCAACAGGGCGCUCGUGUGUCGGGUGAAGAAUUAGAAAGAUCUCCCUAUAUUUUCUUGAUAGAUAAAUACGGUUAAGCAGCAUGGAAUUUUGUUAUAUCCUUUUAUGUACAAUUAUGGUUAUGGUUUUUGUCAUAUUUGAUUUUUAUUGAACGUUUUUUGAAAUGAUUGGACUGCGUAGGUUAGCUAGUCUUUGCUUUGUUGUGCUGAUUUUUAUGCUCCCUGUUGUUCUGGCUUAGUUCAAUUUCAUGUGUUUCUAUGCUUAUUACAAUCCAUAGACUUACUGUAACACUUUUGCUGCCUAAUUAAAAGAAAUGUGAAAACCAGCGUCACUUAACAAGAGGCGAGCAUCAUUAGUAAAGCUACUAUGGCAACUGAAAACCCUAUGAGAAUUGUGGAUAGCGGUGGAGCUGGAAAGUGGUCACCAUCCAGGGGCACUGCUUCCUUUGCUUCAGCUAGUGCAGUGACUGAUGAAUUGGGAUUGCUUCUUAGGGGACAUACUAUUGAUAGAAAUCGAAGUAGCGUUGCUCCCAACCGUAGUGGUAGUGCACCUCCAAGCAUCGAGGGCUCUUUUGCAGCUUUUGGUGAUCUUAUAAAUAAGCAGCUCGUCCCCAACUCCAAUUUGACAGCUUUGAGUAGUGGUUUAGAGAAUUCUCACUCUGAGGUUCUGCAGCAAGGUGAUCCUUUGUAUUCAACAUAUUUAAAUAGUGACUUGAAUGCAAGGGUCCAUCCUCAUACGAUUACGAGGAGCAACAUGCACCUUGCACGCCAGAGUGGGGUUUCGGGUGGAAAUAACUGGAGACUAUCAUCUGGAGAUGCUCAUGGCAGUGGAUCCGUGUACAAUCCGGGAAGUUCUCUUUCCACUCACGAGGAAGAGCCUGAAGGUGAUAGAUCACCGGGGGGAGCUUCGGAUGAUGGAGCAGAUAUCUUGCUUGAGCAGAAUGCGCUGUCGUCCAUUGGCCGUCAUAAAAGCUUGGUUGAUCUUAUACAGUCAGAUUUCCCUCGAACACCUUCACCCGUGUUUAGCCAGAAUCUUACGUCAGGCCAUGUUGAAGAAGCAUUUAAUCAUGAUAUUCAGAACCUGACAUUGGAUUCCUUGUCCAUAGAAGCUUCACAGCCACCUGAACCAAAGUCAGGUAUGGGUUCUACUAGUAAGAUUGAUUUGCAUCCUGGGUCGAUAUCGACAAAGGAACCUCCAGCAGCUUCAGUACCUAUAAAUUCUUCUAUUGACACCUCAGGAGGGUCUACCGCCCAGCAGGAGGAUGAACUAACUCGUAAGGAUGCUUAUUUUACUAGUGAUUGUGUGAGUGGUGGCAAUACGGAAUCAGAUGCUUUCAAAAGCGUUGAUAGAGUGGAGAGUGAUCAAGAUAAACAGGGAGUAGAAUUUGAUGAGCAGCAUGAAUUACAUGUGCGGGGUAAUCAUUCUCAACAUGCUGCAGGUUACCAUGUUCCUAGAUCUCAAGUACAAGGAACUGGUCCACAAUCAUUUCACAAUUACUCAGCUCCACAAGGCCGUGUCGAGGUUACCUCCAUUGAGAUGCAGCCACAUCUUCAUUCUCCCAGUGGCCACCCUCCUUUAUAUGCAACUACUGCAGCUUACAUGGCUCCAGCAAAUUCAUUCUAUACUAAUUUCAAUACUUCUGGUCUAUAUACUCCACAAUACAGUGGAUAUCCUAUGGGUUCCUCGUAUCUACCCCCUUAUUUGCCUGGAUAUCCACCUCAUACAGGUUUUCCUUUUCAUUUUAACGCCAAUUCGGGACAAAGUUUUGUUGGCCAAAGUGCUGGGGUUCCAACUGGGGAGAACAUCUCCAAAGGGUCUGUUGUGCAGAACUUGAACAGGUUCUAUGGCCAACCUGGACUGACAAUUCAGCCCCCGUUUCCGGAUCCUCUUUCAAUGCAAUAUUUCCAAGGGGUUGUGCAAGAUCCAUAUGGUGCCUCUCUGCAGUAUAACCAGUUGCCUUCACCUGGUACGAUUAGCAAACCAGUUGAUUCUUUUACUUUACUAAAUGAUCCAAAUUCUGCUACUCAUGCAGGUGACCAGAAAUUCCAGUUACCCCCUAGUGGAAGUGUCGGCAUUCCAAGUCCAAGGAAAAUGGGGAUACCAAGUAGUAGUUACCUCAGCAGUCCUACAAGUCUGGGAUUCGUGCCUCAGUUUCGGUCGUCGCCUCUUGGUAGUCCAGUUUUGCCAGAUUCCCCAGUUGGAGGCCCUGCUUCAUUGGGAAAACGAUAUGACGUUGGAUUUUCCCAAAACUCACCCAAAAAUGUCGGUACUUAUCCUAGAUGGCAAGGACAAAGGGGAGCUGAUGGUAUCAAUGACCAUAGGAAGCAUUCAUUUCUCGAAGAACUGAAAGCUAGCAGUGCUCGAAGAAUUGAUCUCUCAGACAUUGUAGGCCGUAUUGUUGAAUUCAGCGUGGAUCAGCAUGGCAGCCGAUUUAUACAACAGAAGUUGGAAAAUUGUAGUGUUGAAGAGAAGGAGUUGGUUUUCAAGGAAGUUCUUCCUCAUGCUUCGAAAUUGAUGACCGAUGUCUUUGGGAACUAUGUUAUUCAGAAGUUCUUUGAACAUGGAACUUAUGAGCAGAGGAAGGAACUUGCAAGUCAACUAUCAAGGCAGAUGCUGCCUUUAAGUUUGCAAAUGUAUGGUUGCCGCGUAAUUCAAAAGGCACUAGAGGUUAUUGAAGUUGAUCAAAAGACGGAACUUGUGCUCGAACUUGAUGGACACGUGAUGAGAUGUGUGCGUGAUCAAAAUGGAAACCAUGUCAUACAGAAAUGUAUCGAAUGUGUGCCUCCAGAAAAAAUCGAUUUUAUCAUCUCGGCCUUCCGGGGCCAAGUAGCUUCACUAUCAACUCAUCCAUAUGGUUGCCGUGUCAUUCAGAGAGUUUUGGAGCAUUGUUCGGAUGACUUGCGCUGUCGACCAAUAGUGGAUGAGAUAAUGGAAUCUGCAUAUGAUCUUGCACACGAUCAGUAUGGUAACUAUGUUACGCAGCAUGUGUUGGAGAGGGGAAAACCAUUCGAGCGGAGUCAAAUCAUCAGCAAAUUGGGUGGGAGAAUCGUGCCGAUGAGCCAGCACAAGUAUGCAUCAAACGUGGUGGAGAAAUGCCUCGAGUAUGGAGACUCUGCUGAGUGCGAACGCUUGAUUGAGGAGAUUCUUGCACAGCCUGAUGAUGGCGACAAUUUGUUGACGAUGAUGAAGGAUCAGUACGCGAAUUACGUGGUGCAGAAGAUUAUUGAUAUUAGCAACGAGAAUCAGCGAGCGAGACUGCUCGACUGUAUCCAGCUUCAUCUCGUUGCUUUGAAGAAAUAUACCUAUGGGAAACACAUAGUUGCUCGGUUUGAACAAUUGACUGGUGAAGACAAUGGAUCUUCUGAGCAGUAGACAUUCUUUGACAUGAGGGCAUUAUUCUAUGUGGAUCUUCCAAGUGUUGCUGAAUGCUGAUGAUACUUAAAGUAUAUUUUUAGAUAUAUUUGCUUGCAGUAUAUAUUUGUGUUGUACAAACUGUAAGUUGAUUGGAUUGCAUUAGUAAUUCAUAGUUAUAUAUGAUGUGGCUUCCCUUA